CCGACUGAGAAGCAGUACAGAAAAAAAAAAUCUUCUUCCCCAGAAAAAAAGACACGCACAUGGCUUCAACUAUUUAUCUGUUCCUCUUGAUAAGUUGUAACAUAGUGUGUCAUUCUUGUGUGCAAACUUACCACUGUCCCAAGAUCUGUCACUGCUCCACUCAGUUUGUCAGAUGUACCAAGGAGACAGCUGCCCGCGUUCCAGUUGCGACUUUACGCACCUAUUUCAAUCUGAGGUUUACUCAUCUGCCACUGAAAAAGAUCCAAAGUUAUUCUUUUGAAGGCCUUAGCAAUAUCAUAAGAAUUGAUAUUUCCCAGAGUGAUUCUUUGGAGAGAAUUGAACCUAAAGCCUUCGUUGAUCUUCUGGACUUAGUGGAACUCUCAAUUCAAAAUACAAAGCAUCUGGUGAAAAUUGAUCAAGGAGCUUUCAGAAAUCUACCACGACUACGAUACUUGAGCAUUUGUAAUACUGGAAUAGGAUUCUUUCCUGAUCUGACACACAUCCACUCCAUUGCAUCCAAUUUUAUUCUAGGAGAAGACAGCACACACUAGGGCAGAAAGACCCAGCUGGGUGGAUACGUGCUUGACAUCAGGCUCUUCACUCCCUCUGAGAGAAUCCUGGCCCUCACAGGAGAAGAUCAAGACCACUCCUGCAGGGAUGCAGAGAUAUCCGUGUCCUGCCAACAAAGUAUCAGUGGGAUGUCCAUAGCUUCUUCCCCUAGAAGCCCCUGCUCAGCCUCUGCAGACAAGAAUACCAAAGCAUCAGAGAAAGUAUCAGCUAGGCUACCUU